AUGGGCUGUCUGCUACAUCUGCAGCAUCUUAACCUGUCUAUGAAUUCCUUUGGUGGGGAAAUCCCAACCAAUAUAUCACUGCACGCAGCUGAAAGUGCUCAUCUCUCCCUUGGCGGCAACAAUCUCCAAGGAAGCAUUAGGAAUGAGCUCGGGCGUCUGAAAAGCUUGGGAUCAUUCAGGGUUGGAAGGAAUAAUUUGUCUGGUAUGGUCCCCGCUUCAAUCUAUAAUAUUUCUUCCAUAUAUAUUUUUGGUGUCACUCAGAACCAGCUUCAUAGAGAGCUGCCACCAAAUGCCGGCAUUACUCUUCCUAAUCUCCAGGUGUUUGUCGGCGGUGCCAACAGUUUCACAAGGAACAUUCCUGCAUCGUUGUCAAAUGCUUCUGGACUUCAGGUUCUUGAUUUUGCUCGAAAUGGCUUCACUGGAAAACUUCCUGAGGUGUUGGGUCUUAUCCGUAAUCAUUUCGAAGGAGAAUUUCCGGGAUCCAUAGCCAACCUUUCUACCCAGCUAAAAAUUCCUACUUUGGGUGUCAAUAUGAUACAUGGAAGCAUCCCUAGAGGCAUUGGAGUAAAUUUGAGUGCUUUCGGAGUGGAAGGAAAUUUGACUUCAUUGACAAGGCUUUACAUGCAAGAGAGUAGUAACAAUAUAUCUGGCACCAUAGCUAAACAGCUUCUUAUGCUUUCAUCUCUUUCGGUUUCUUUGAGAAUGUCUAACAAUUCGUUGACUGGUUCGCUGCCAUCGGAAGUGGGUGACUUGGUACAUCUCACAGAGCUAGAUGUAUCAAGAAAUAAGUUAUCUGGUGAAAUCCCAAGAAGCCUUGGCAGUUGUAUUACUUUGGCGCGCUUGCAUUUGGAAGAUUUCUUAAGCAUCUCAAUCUCUCACAAUGAUUUCAAGGGUGAAUUGCCGAAAGAAGAGAUCUUUUCAAAUGCUAGGGGUGUCUCAAUCCUUGGAAAUGCUAGGCUCUGCGGUGGCAUCCCAAAAUUAUUUCUACCAACGUGCUCCAGCAAAAAGCCUCGUUCAUCUCAAGGACUACUUGCCUUAAAAGUGGUAGUUCCUUUAACUUGUGCAAUUGCAUUCAUAAUUACUCUGUCAUUCUUCAUUGCUCUUUGUUCAAUGGUGAAAAUGUCAAGAGGUAGAACUGUAACUUCGCAUUCAUAUAAGGAUUGGAAAUCAGGUGUUUCUUACUUUGAACUCAUUCAAUCAACUAAUGGAUUCUCUUUGGACAAUCUGAUUGGUUCAGGAAGUUUUGGUUCUGUUUACAAAGGGGUACUCUCUAAUGAUGGAACAAUAGUUGCCAUGAAGGUAUUAAACCUUCAACAAGAAGGUGCUUCCAAGAGUUUCGUUGAUGAAUGCAAAGCUUUGAGAAGUAUAAGGCAUCGAAAUCUUCUCCAGAUCAUAACUGUUUGCUCAAGCAUUGAUGAUCAGGAUUAUCUCCACCAUCGUUAUGAAACUCCCGUUGUUCAUUGUGAUCUAAAGCUGAGCAAUGUUCUUCUGGAUGAAGAUAUGGUAGCCCAUGUUGGUGACUUUGGUUUAGCAAGGUUCCUCUUGGAAGCAUCAGAUAAUUCUUCCAAAAAUCAAACCAUGUCCGUGGGGCUAAAGGGUUCGAUAGGCUACAUUCCUCCAGAGCUUUUCACUGGAAAAAGGCCGACAGAUGACAUGUUCAAAGAUGGUCUAAGCAUUCACCAAUUGGCAGCCAUGGCUUUGCCUGACCAUGUCAUGGACAUCAUUGAUCCUUCGUUGCUCCUCGAACUAGAUGGUGAGGAUGACAAUGAUGACAGAUACGACAAUGACAUACAAGAAAAACCGAUGACAAAAUAUCAUGUUGGUGGUCAACUCCAAGCAAGAAGAUAG